UUUUGUUUUCCAGGCCAUGCAGAGAAGUUUCUAGACAUCUUUCAGCGGACACCACUGGGGGAACAUAUUGCUUGCUUUUCAGAGGAAGAGAAGACCAUCUUUUUUCACUAUUACAUCCAAGACUUUAUUCUUCUGGAAAUGGGUGUGACCUCGGAGAGGGAACUAAAUGUGUUGCAAGUGGCCCUCUUGUCAUGUGUGGAAGAAGUGAAGGCUACCUCUUCUAGUGUAGAAGAAAGAGUGCCAUCCCUUCCCUGGAUCCACCUUGGUUACCAUCGGUUUAGGAGUCGGCUGCAGAACUUUUCCAGGAUUCUUACUGUGUGCCCUAAUGUGCUUCCUACUCUUGAACAAAUCGGAAAGCAAGCAAGCUACAGUUUGCAAAGUCAAAUGGUGCUAGACGUGUAUGCUGCACUGGCCUGUACUGAAAUGUUGUCAUCGACAGCCCUGGAAUGGAAAACUCGGGCAUGGCUCCAGUGGGUGAAGAACCUUCAAAUGCCCAUUGAACUUGUGUGUGCAGAAAACUGUAGACAAGGCAGUGGAAGCCAGUGCGACCAAAGGCUCCAAGAGGUCAAGCACCAAUGGAGUAAGAUUUUCUCAGUGUCCCUUUUUAUGGAGCAUGUGCUCCUUGGAGCAGAAACAUUGAUUCCAGAACUGCAGAUGCUGGUAAAGAAGUACAUCAUGCAACUUAACAAUUGUUUUCAGUGGGAUCCUGACAUCAAAACUAAGACAACAUUCACUGCAGUGAUGAGAGUGCUAUGUCAGUGCAAGGAAGAGGCCAGUCAAUCAUUUUGCAGGUUUGGUUUAAGGUCAUGCCCAAUAUGCUUGGGCGAUCCUAGAGAUCCAGUAAACCUUCCGUGUGAUCAUGUAUAUUGUUACGAUUGUAUCAAACAGUACCUGGUGCUGGGACAGAUGUUCUGCCCAUAUUGCCUGGUCAGUCUGCCAGAUGAUUACAAACCCACAGUAUCUGAGAAGCUCAGCAUUGCCAUAAAGAAAAAUACCCAGUUCCGUAAAUUAUGCAACAGUUUUUUCAUAGACCUGGUUUCUACAAUGUGUUUCAAAGGCAAUAAUCCCCCAGAGAAAGCUGUGAUUGAAGAGCUGUUGAAUCUGAUGUUUGUUCACAAGAAGAUUUUGAGAGGCCCUGAAAGCUUACAUACCAAAUCUUUGUCCCCCUUUGAUGACGUGGUGGAUAAAACUCCUGUAAUCCGUUCUGUGGUGUUAAAAUUGCUUCUGAAAUACAGCUUCAGUGAUGUGAAAGUCUAUGUACAAGAACAUUUAUCACAAGUUGAAGCAAAUCGCAUCAUAGACAAGGAAGAUAAAAUAGAGCUGUACAUGCUAUUCAUCAAUUGCUUUGAGGAUUCAAUGUGUGAGAAAACAGGAAAUUUCCCCAAGGAAAGCAAAACAAGCUACUUGGCAAAGGAUGGUCAUUUUCUGGAAAAUUAUUUUCAUCAGUACAAUCGCAGCCAUCCAGUUUCCCAAGAAUUCACCAUUGAGUAUUUGCAGGGAAUUGCCAACAUCCGUCUAUGCAUGGAUAGAGCUGCAGAGGUGAUCUUUGAACUUCAUGAAACUUCAGUUAGUAGUGAAGAAAAAGAAAAGCAACUCCACCUGCAAAAAGUGAUGCAGUUCUUCUGUUGUACUCAAAAUGACUGGUAUAGAAUUUACCUUGUUCGAAAACUUACUAACCAGUUUGGGUUGGAGUUCACACAGAAGCUUUUGAAUAACCAUCGGUAUCACUGGGUUUUUCCACCAGAAAUAAUUGAAGAGCAACAGAGACUCCAGCCUGGUCGCAUUGAUCGAUUCCUGGUUUGUGGCAAGAACUACAAAGCCAUGCGUGAUGCUGUGGGGGAAGGAUUGAUAAAAUGCCAGACAGAGGGCAUUGCAGCAGCUGUGAAGGCAUAUAAAGGCUCCAGAUCUGCACUGGCAGGUCAUUUUCUCUUGGCUGUCUUCAGAGAGCUCACAUCCCUGUAUGGAUGCAAAGAUCCAAAUAUGCAUCCUAAGCAGAAGCAAUGUGAUGUACUUAAAGAAUUCAUCCAGAACUCCACAGUUCUUCCAUCUGAAAAACUGAAGUCAUUUGCUGAAUCUCUUCUGUUUAAUCAGCUCCCCUUACUGACCCUGCCUCUUCUGUCUUUCAAUCACGACAUGAUGGUGACUGAAAUGGCAGUUCAUACUGCAGUUGUUCUGCUUUCUGGCCAGAAUCGAAUCCUUGAACCUCUAAGGAAUCUGGCAUUCUCACCCAAUACCAUGCAGCAUGCUUUUCUGCCAACCAUGCCAGAAGACAUGUUAGCUCAAGCUGUGAAGUGGGAGGGAAUGGCAAGAUUCUAUUGGUAUAUGUGUCCAAAUGGUCAUCCCUGCAUUAUUGGAGAGUGUGGUAGACCUAUGGAACAUGGUCGUUGUGUUGAUUGUGGUGCUCAAAUUGGAGGUGUUAACCACAUGCCAAUACCAAACUUCCAAAAAGCAAGGGAUAUUUCGGACAGGACACAAACAGGCCACAUACUUGGAGAUCCUAGGAAAAGGGGUCCUGUGAUCACAUCUGAGAGGGCGUUAUCUCCAGCUGUCGUAAUUCUGAUUCGCUUGCUCACUCAUUUGUCAUUGCUUCUGGGAGCCUCAAAUGAUACUCAGUCUCUCCUGCAGAUCAUAAAGCCAAAGGUUCAGGAUCCAGUAAGCUUCUUGCGGCUCCAUAUUCAUAAGGACUUAGAGCAGCUGAUGAAUACUCUUGGGAAGAGUGCUGAUGAAACCAUUAAUGUCAUCCAUCUCAUUCUGUGUAGCCUUUUCAAGGACCAGCAUGCAGGACAAUGGCCAGUGCAUUUUGACAGUCAGCUUUCCACAAAAGAAAAGCGAAACAAUUGGGAAGAAAAUGUUGCACACAUCAUUAUUCUACCUGAACUAAAGCAUUUGGAUAAAACGCUUCUGGACUUGAAUAAACAAAUCAGUGAAGAUGAAAGACUUUCUUCCAACCCUGUAGUGAAAAUUAUUUAUGGGGACCCUGCAGUCUUUCUAUCCCAUCUUCCUAAGGACAGUGCUAUGCACUCCUCUCGGAUAUGGAGCUGCAGGAAGAGGAUAUCAGUUGAGUACCUGGCCCAUAUUGUCCAACAGAAGGGUGGCAAGGACACUGUGCCUGUCUUGUGGAAAUUUUUGCAAAAGGAAGCUGAAUUGAGACAGGUGAAAUUUCUGCCAGAAAUUCUUGCUCUGCAGAAAGACUUAGUGAAGAGAUUUCAGAAUGUCUCAGAAAUGGAGCAUUGCACGAUUGAAGAUUUUCUCAGCAAUUUUUCCUCAGGAGGUGUCAGGUCACUGAUGAGAGUCAGAGUGGAAAAAUUUCUGGAUGUGUGGAACAAGCUCAGAUCAUCCAUAGAAACAAAUGGUGAAAUUAAGCUUCCUAAAGAUUAUUGCAGUAUGGACCGCACUGUAAAAGACACUUUUGAAAUCCUUCUGCCUCGCCGGAGAGGUCUAGGCCUGUGUGCCACAUCCUUGGUCAGCUACCUUGUUCAGUUGCACAAUGAUUUCGUCAACACCAUAAUAGAUUAUUCAGCAGAUGGCAAUAGAUAUUCUGUCAGUCCUGCUGAAGUGGCUGAUCUGCAUAUGAUCAGUUAUGAAGUAGAAAAGGAUUUGAUCCCACUCAUUCUGUCCAACUGCCAGUAUAGCAUGGAGAAAGGAGGAGAGGCCCUGCAGGAAUUUGACCUGGAAAAAAUCCAGCAGCAAGUCAUCAGUAGAUUCCUGCAAGGGAAGCCAAAGAUCACAUUGCAGGGGAUACCCACUCUGGUAUAUAGAUAUGACCAAAAUUAUGAGCAAGUCUUCAGCAAUAUCAAGAGAAAGCUGGAUCAGAGCUCCCUUUCAGAUUCUAAAAUGGGCAUGAUCAGAGGGGAGUUGGUGUCCUACAGUGACAUCUGUGAGGCACUGUCUGUCACUGAAAUUAUUUUAAGAUUCCUGGGUACGACUGGAGGUGACUCACAUAUGACUUUGACCGACUAUGCUGAAAAUGUCCUGCAGAUGAGCAGUCAGAUAAGUCUUCCAGUGAUGAAGGUGAGUGCUGGGGAUAACAGAUUCACCUUGUCUCUACAAGAUGAAAAAGACAUGCCAGUUAGGCUGAAGCUAUAUAUGUAUAGCUCAGACUGAGAAAGAUAGCUGGCCUUUUCCUCACUUUGUUCCCACGUCCACCAUUCUGAUCACUGAAGAAAGUUUCUGAUCACUCCUGUGAGUGGUAAACAUCAGUCUUCUUGAAAUUAUAGUAGAGAACCAUCCUUGUAAUUGGACUGUGUUUUGGUAGUAUUUGGGUGGUAGAAGGGAAAGUGUAGUACAACUGAAGAGCCUAAAAAGAACCCUAAUGGAUCAUAUAAGUGUAUUUCAAUCAGGUGAAUCUAAGCAGCUUAUAAAUAAAACAAAUACAUUCCACUGUUGCUGCCUGGCAGCCAGUGACCAUCCCAUCUUAUGGUAGUACUUUCUAGAAUUUAUUAGGCAAAUUUCUAGGCUGACCAAUUAUAAUGACUCUAGGUGGCUUAACAUAUCUGGACAUAAAAGAAAAAAUAAAACCCAAAAGAUAGUGUCAUCUGGAGGGAACAGCAGAGAUAAAACCCCCUGCCCCAGAAGAGAUGGAAACCGACAAAAAAGCCCCUCAGUCACCCUAACCUAAUGCCUGAGGGAAGUGUCAUGUUUUUAAUGUUCUUUUAAAAGUUGCUAAGGUAGGGUUCGUGCACAUCUCUUGGGAGAUGCUGUUCCAGAGGGCAGGUGCCAUGACAAAGAAGGCUCACUUCCUGAGUCCUGCUAGAUGACUUUGUUUAACUGGCAGAACCAGGAAUGAGCCAACUGUCAUAGGAGACAGACAAUUCCUCAGAUAACUGGCCCCGAUGCCAUGUAGGGCUUUAAAGGUGACAACCAGCAUCUUACAUUGCACCUGGAAGCCAAGUGAUAGCCAGUGCAGUUCACAAAGCAUGGGUGUUAUAUGGGCAUGGCAUAGCCUGCCCAUCACUACUUGUGCCACUGCAUUCAGGACCAGCUAUAGCUUCCAAAUAGUCUUCAGGUAUAGUCCCAUGUAGAGCACAUUGCAGUAAUCCAUCUAUGAGGUGACCAGGGUAUGGUUGACCAUAAGGAGGGCUUCCUGGUCCAAGAAAAGGUGCAACUGGUGCCCAAGAUGAACCUAUGUGAAGGCCCUCCUGGCCACAUCUGCCACCUGCUCUUCAAGCAGGAGCUGUGAGUCCAGAAGGACCCCCAAAUUACAUACCAGACCCAGACAGGGUAGUGCAGCCCCAUUUUGGCAAAAGAUAGAAGAUCCUCUACACUGUGGGGCCAAAUAACACUUAGUCUUGCUAGGGUUGAACCUGAGCUUGUUCCUCUUGAAUCAAAAUCACACAUUCUCUAGGCACUAGGACGUAAUGUCAACAGCAUCACUUGGCUGGCCCAGGGACAAGAUGUGUAAUUGAGUAUCAUCAGCAAAUUCAUGAUGCCUGACCCUGAAUCAGCAGAUGGCCUGACUCAGCAGCCUCAUGUAGAUGUUAAAUAGGAGGGGUGAGAGCAUAGAGCCCUGAGGCACUUCACAACGAACUACAACGAACUACUUCCUUUUAUCAGUCCUGAAUCCUGAGUUCUGUCAUUGUGAGAAAAGGAGAGCCAGUUUGGUCUAGUGGUUAAGGCAUCAGGCUAG